GCCUGGCCUAGUCAAAUCACGGCGCGUAUGUACUUUUUGUGUGAAAGGACGUCAGUUCACCGCAGCGCCAUUUUAGAUGUGGUCAACUUUCCAGGUUAUACUCCCCCCCCCCCCCCAGGUCCUGUACGCUCAGUGUGCGGCUUGCCCCUAACAAAAAUGGCUGCCGCGCCGCGUACGUAAAGGGGAAUGUUUUCUUACAAUAACUUUAUUGUUUAUUACCUGUGCCAUUCUCCGGAUGAUUGCUGUCCACGCCAGUGCCUGGUCACGUGCUCAUGACAUCACCCGACCUUUCAGUCCAAUGGGAAGUCGCUCUGACAGACACAUGGACCCCUAGGAUCUGGUAGAUUGGCUGUGCUGAUUGAAUCCAUGACUACUAUCCAGUUUGCAUCUAUCAACGCCAAUGGGCUGAACACCCCUGAGAAGCGCUCCUUCAUUCUCCGGCUCCUAUGGAGUAAGAAGAGAAUGACAAGCUAUGAGGAGGCAGAGGCGCAGAUUUCAGAGCUGGACCUUCUGUCCAGCAUGUUCCCUAAUGAGGAGGAGUUCAGCAUCACAGAUCAGCUGGCGCUGGCCGAGCUGAGGGAUUACACAGAGACGCGGACCACCGUCCCCCCAUCAUUCCAGAUCCAGUUCACCCUGACCAUGAAGCUGGGUGAUACUGACAGUGUCCAGCACACGCUGACAUUACACUGUUCGUACCCCCCGCACUAUCCAAAUGUGCCACCAGAAAUAGUCGUCAGGUCGCCAUCCCUGGUUCGGUCACAUCAGACACAGCUGAAUUCAGACCUAACUGCCUACUUGAGAAGCAACUGCAAUGGAGACGUCUGCAUCUUAAGUGCCACUGAGUGGCUGCAAGACAAUGCGGAGACCUACCUGCACUCAGUGACCCCUACAGAUAACGUACAAGGGGCAGCGCCAUCAGAAGACGCCAUGUUUACUAGAUUGUGGAUUUACAGUCACCAUAUAUACAAUAAGCAGAAGAGGAAAUAUAUAUUAGAGUGGUCGAAGGAAUUGGGACUGUCUGGCUUCAGCAUGCCGGGGAAACCUGGGAUUGUGUGUGUGGAAGGAGCACAGGAGUCCUGUGAAGAGUUUUGGUCCAGGAUUAGGAAACUGACCUGGAAACGCAUUUUAAUUAGACAUAGAGAAGAUGUCCAGCUGUCCUCCUCAGCCUCAGCGGCUCAGACGGAAAUACAGGUUCUGAGAAAAUUCCCCGCUCUAGAGGAGAAGGCAUUUGAUGUACAUGGAUCGCGAGGAAACCACAUGGAUCUGGGCCAACUCUACCAGUUCCUCCAGGGAAAAGGAUGUGCGGAGGUCUUUCCUAUGUACUUUGGGAUUGAGGGCCGAUAGAUCGUGGGAAGUAGUCUGGAGAUGUGGACACUUUUAAUAAAUUGUUCCCUUUUUAUUUGUUUUGUUCAGUGUCUCUCCUUG